UUCGAUGGUAGAAGCGGCUCUGGCGGAGUGGAAGACGGAGGGGGAGGCUGAUGAGGAGAUGGAUUUCGGAUCGGAUGAUGAAGCCUUACGGGCUAAGUAUAGCCAGUUUCGCCGCUUCUGGAUGGCUCUAUGGUCCAACGUCUUCGGUUCAUUCGAUGGCAUCACGCACAUCCCUGCCAUGCGUUAUACAGAUGAUCCUUCACCACCACGGCAUGCCUGUUGCUGUCAUACUUUACAGUUCUUUUCAGCUAAGAUCGCAGAAAUAAGAGGGGGCUUACAGUUUCCGCUCGAUGUAUUUGGUAUCAUUGCUGUACGUGACUCAAUUGAACCAAGACGCAAUAUUGUCUUCAGUCGUCCAAGGAACAACUGCCAAACACUCACUCAGCAGGAUCCAUAUUUAGAACUGAUAGGCCCUACUCGUGCCAUUGUGGUAAAUGAUCCUGCGACCAUUGAGGUUAUGCUAAAAGUGAAGGGCAGUGCUGAAUCUGACGAUAGAAUCCUAUGCAUUCAAGCUGAGCAGUUACGAGUCUCUCCUACAAUCCAAUGUCAGCGCCUGUUAGAGAGAGCUUUCAUUAGCAAGCGUAGCACAGUGUUUUUUACACUUGGACAAAUUCGUUCAUCGGUGGAGGCCACAAUCUUUGUUCGUGUCAUGGGUGGGUCAUGGCGAUGUGGUUUUCAUGGUCAAUUUGGUGCCCGUGUUACCAGAGAUCCCCGUGGUCGUGCUCCUGACACCAGUAUUGAUUAUGAGAAAGUCACCCUGCUUGUCUGUGAGGACUUGGUUGAGCAGUCACGUGUCACUGAUUCAGGAGACAUCUUGCUUUCCCGCCGUGUUCUCUCUGCUGUAGCUGGUGGAAAGCUGAUAGUUUUUGUUAGGGCAUGGCAAGAUGACGGCAAUAUUGUGAGAAAUGAGGCUGUUUUCACGCCGAAGAAAGCUGGUAGAAGCACAUCUGAUAAGCUUGAAUUUGGUUUCUGUACAAUGGAAGUCACUGUCGCCUGGUCGCUCAUAUCAUUUCGGGAAUGAUUGGUGUGUCUGCUAAUUGAAGCUUACGGCCUGUUUGAUCCAGGGACUAAAUUUUAGUCAUGCACUUUUAGCUACAUGUGUUCGUGGACAUGCUCCUGUUUGGUACCUAGUUAAAUUUAUGCGUCUACAAUUUCAUGGGCAGGCGUUUUGACGUUUGUCACAAAUGUCAAUGUGGCUACCCAUGCCUUUUCGACU